GUCUUUAGUUUUUUUUUUUGUUAUAUUUGAAACGUUGAUAGAAACCAUUAACUUUAAGUUUUGUAGUCUUUUUUUUUUGUCAAAAUUUUUAAUUGCCAUUAAAUAUUACGUUAACUUUAUAGUUUUUUUGAUAGUUACGUUAUAAUUUCAAUGACCUAUAUAUAGGUUAGAUAACUUCAUAUUUCAAAUAACAGAUACAAAUCAUUGUUUCUUACAUUUGUUUUUCAUAAAAUAAGAAUAAUUCUUGUACAUUUCAAGCGUAAGUAGAUAUGUCUAAAUUUAGCUCUCAAAUUACUACGCUAUUCAUCGUUGUAGCUUUGGUGUGUGUGUUUGUUCCGGUUUUCUCAGUCGAAGAAGCUGAAGCAAAAUCAUUAUGGAAUACUUGUCUUGUUAAAAUCACUCCUAAGUGUGCGUUGGAUAUAAUCGGUGUUGUCUUUGAAAAUGGAACCAUCUCUGAUCCUUGUUGCAACGAUCUCGUCAAAGAAGGGAAAGUGUGUCACGAUACACUUAUUAAAUAUAUUGCAGAUAAACCCAUGUUAAUUGCCCACGAAACAGAAUACUUGAAGAAGAGUGAUGACUUGUGGAAUCAUUGUGUCUCAAUCUCGAAAAGUGCUUGAUAUAUGUAUUUCUUGUACUAUUUUUACCAAAUAAAUUUGAUAUUUCUCUGUUGUUACAAUUAUUUUACCACAAACAUUUAUAUUUUUACUUUACUACAAUAUUAACCAAAAUGAAUAGCUCUUUGAAAACGAAUAACUUAAAUUUGUGAUUUUUUUUUGAAGCUAAAAACACAAGUUUCCCAUAAGAGUGGAAAAAUAAUCCAAAAUGAUUAAUAGAUCAAGGUCGGAAACACCACGCCCCAGCACAUUACUUAUCCAACCAUCUACACGAACUGAAUAUACCUCAGUUAAACACUUGAGGGAGCAUCUCUUAAUGGGAGAAUCACCAUUAAGAAAUCCGUGAAGUUCUGUAUAAUUUCGGGCCUAUCCCGCUUAUCUUCUUCUGGAUGAAGAAAGACAGUCAUCAAUGUAGAGAUAAGGGACAAAUGCAAGAAGAUUGCGCCAAAAAUUAGGAGCCUGAUCAAACUAGCUUGGCUCCCAAAAUUCAGAGUAAGCAUCCGGGAAGAUUCUAGCCCAAUGUUCAUUAAUAAAAACAUGAUCAAUCCGCUUAGAGACAGGGUCUUCCUCCCUUUUCAAUCUUACCUUAUUAUCUUUUGUUUUUUUUUCCUUUUUGAAUAUUUUAAAAUAUGACAUUUUAAUUAUUGGAACACAAGAUUGGACAGUGGACCAUCGCACUACUUGCCCUCCCACCUCACCCGCCAUGUACUCAUAUCGGUUUUAAUUGCUAUAUACCAAACAGUGUGACGAUAUGGUGAAUUCUUUUAGCGUUACAGUAUGACAGUAUGGCGAAUCAAAAUCUCAUUAUACAACCGGUUCUAUUGUGGAGUCAUGACUUCGCCAUACCGUCAUAGGAAACAGUUGACCGAAAAGAUAAGUGCACUUUGGUGACAUAGGUGGCCAAAUCAAUUCUUUUAAACAUCUCCUCAUGCACAACCAUAUUUCUGAAACCGGAGU